CGCGAGAUUGCCAUUGCGCCAGCCAUCAACGAUGACGCAGAUGCACAAGGCCGCGGCCAUUCGCCGCAACUUCUUGCGCUACUUCCAGCAGCACGAGCAUGCGCUUGUGCCCAGCAGCUCGCUCGUGCCAAGCGCCGAUCCGUCGCUCCUCUUUACGAACGCUGGCAUGGUCCAGUUCAAGCAGGUGUUUCUGGGCAACGAGACGCGGCCGUAUGCGCGCGCAACGUCGGCGCAGCGGUGCGUGCGCGCGGGCGGCAAGCACAACGACUUGGACCAGGUCGGGCUCACGGCGCGCCACCACACGUGCUUUGAGAUGCUCGGCAACUUUUCGUUUGGCGACUACUUCAAGGAAGAAGCCAUCUUCCACGCGUGGCAGUUCCUCACGAAGGAGCUGUCGCUGCCCGUCGAGAAGCUGCACGUGACGGUCCUCGACUCGGACGACGAAGCGGUUCAAUGGUGGCGCCAAAUCGCGCAGCUGCCCGAUGCCAAGAUCCACCGCCUCGGUGCUGAAGACAACUUUUGGGCUAUGGGCGAGACAGGACCGUGCGGGCCGUGCACCGAGAUCUUCUACGACCAAGGCGACGCGUUCACGUCGGCCGACGAUCGGUACCUGGAGCUUUGGAACCUCGUCUUUAUGCAGCACGACCGAGCGGCGGACGGGACGCUCUCGGCGCUGCCCCGGCCGUGCGUCGACACGGGCAUGGGGCUCGAGCGCAUGGCGUCCGUCAUGCAAGGUGUCAUCUCCAACUACCACACCGACCUCUUCACGCCGCUACUGCAUACGAUCGCGUCGUCGCUCGAUGCGCAGCUCGGCGUCACACGGUACACGCCGGCAAUCGCAGCUGAGAUUGCGUCCAACACGUUUGGCACCGACCGAAAUGUGCAGAGCGUGCGCAUCGUGGCGGACCACCUUCGCACCACGUAUGCACUGCUGGCCGACGGCGUGUUCCCCUCCAACGUCGGGCGCGGCUACGUCCUCCGGCGCAUCCUUCGGCGUGCGAUCCGCGUCGCCGGGGCGUCGCAGCCGUUCCUCUCGACGAUUCAACUGCCCAGCCUCUUGGAAAUGGACGUGGCGUCCCGGCUCCAGCUCACGGGCAUCGUCGAAAAUGAAGAAAAAGCCUUCUUUGCCAUGCAAAGCACCGGCACCCGCGCGAUCGAGAAGCUCUUGCACGCGACAAGAGCCAAGCACAUUACGGGCCCCGAGGCGUACAAGCUCUACGAUACCUUUGGCCUCACGAUCGACAUGACCGAGUCGAUCGCGCUCGCGCUGGGCGCGACCGUCGACGUCGACGGCUUCCAAAUUGCAAUGGCUACGGCGCAGGCGAAUGCGGCCGACGGACCGCUGAGCGCGUCGGCGCCGCUGCUUGGCGUGACGCCGCGGGCAUCGUCGACGGCGACAACGACCGAGUUUGUCGGGUACGACCAGCUCCGCGUGCCGCGGUCCAAGGUCGUGCAGUUUGAGCGGUCGGCGUCCAACGGUCUUUUGCUCCAGUUGUCGCCAUCGCCAUUUUAUGCCGAGGGCGGUGGCCAAGUCGGCGACAUUGGCUUUGUUGGCUUGGACCACUUUGGCGAAGACAUUGAGCUGCCCGUGAUUGGCACCACCAAGGUCGGCGAGCACGGCAGCGUCGUCCACGUGGCCAUUCCCGAGCACUUGGACGUUGAGAUCGUCGAGCUGCUCUUAAAAAAGUCACCGGCGGUCCAUGCGGUCGUCGACGCCCGCCACCGCCAGCGCACGGCCGUGCACCACUCGGCGACGCAUGUGCUCCAAGCCGGUCUUCGCCACGUGCUCGGCCCACACGUCGCUCAAGCCGGGUCGUAUGUUGGUAGCGAUCGACUUCGGUUUGAUUUUGCUCAUUUUGGCGGCAUGACCAACGACCAACUCAAGGCUGUCGAGGCAUACGUCAAUGACGUGGCGCUCUCGGACGCGAGUAUUCGCACCGAAGAGAUGGACAAGGACGCGGCGCAGGCCACUGGUGCCAUUUGCGCGUUUGGCGAAAAGUACGGCGACCGCGUCCGCGUCGUGCGCAUCGGCGACGUCUCGAGCGAGUUUUGCGGCGGCACCCACGCGGCCUCGGCGGCGUCGCUCUACCCGUUCGUCGUCCUCAGCGAAGCCUCGGUGGCGGCUGGCACGCGGCGCAUCGAGGCGGUGGCCGGUAUCGAAGGCGUCAAGCGGCUCCAGGAAAAGGAAGCGCAGCUCGAACAGCUCGCGAUGCAGCUGAGCACGUCGCCGGCGAUGGCGUCGCAAAAGCUGACGCGUUUGGACACGCAGCUCAAGGCGCUCGAGAGCUUCUCGAGAAGCGUGACCGACCACGUUGUGUCGAGCUCGAUUGCGCCGAUCGCUACCGGCGUCUACGAGGCAACGCCAGUCGCCCUGCACCGCCUCGACCUCGACUGCAAGGACGCGUCGAACAGCGCCCUCCGCACCAUGUACAUGCAAGCGCUGCGCCGCCGCGCCGAGUUUGUGGCCAAGGCGGACGUCACCUCGGCGCACAUUGUGCUCCUGGGCGACAGCAUCAUUUGCAUGGGCAACAACCAUGUGCAUGCGGGCGAGAUGCUCAAGAAGAUCGUCCAUGGUCUUGGCUCGGGCGGUGGCAACGCAGCGUGCGGCCAAGGCAAGCUGCUCCCGAGCACCAACGUCGAAGCCGUCGUCCGCGCGGUCAGUGGCGCAACGCUGUAGAGACACGAGCGGGUUACGUAAGCUGCAAAAGAGUGCAAAGUCCAUGGUUGGCAAUACAG